AUGGCGGAGUUAGAGCGACUGCGGGCGGCGAAUGCGGAGCUGCGGGCGGAGAAUGCAGAGUUGCGGCGGCGGCUGACGGCGGAGCGGGCGGGUCUCACGCCGGGCGCGUGGGCGGCGGCGAGCGGCGCGGCGGUCGAAUUGCAGUUGGCGGGCCGAAUCCGCGAGCGCGACGGGGCGGCCACAAUUCUCGCGCUCCACGACGAACUCCGCCGACUAAGUCAACAGUGCGGGCGCUACGCAGACGCCCUCGAGGAGGCCCGCGGGAACUUUGUGGAGAUGAAGCGGCUCUACAGCGAACUCAACCAACUAGUCGCCUGCUGCAGCACACCAACCCCAUAG